UUGUUUAUUCAAUGUGUGAAACUGAUGGUUUUGAAAUACAACCAGAACUGAAAUAUGAAAACUAUAAAAUUCAAAUUGUUCAAAAUAUAUCCAAGAUCGGUCUUGUUUCAGAGGUCUUGUCGCCCUGAAUUUUUUUUUCAAAAACAGAGUUUAGAUUCAAAGCAUAUUUAUCAUCCAAAAUUUUCCCAAAGAAAUUAAAUAGAGGUCUUGCGUGGGAAGAGAGAGAGGAAUAAUAUAUGUACCAUCCAUGCAAGUGUCAUUUCCCCCGACAAAAGCUGUUGCAUGCAAAGGGACCCACACUUGUAUUACCGGUGUAUAAAGUUGAGGCUGCAAUUACUAGUUUAUACGAAUGAAGACCACACGGAUCUUGAUGAAAUGGACAAAAGAUGGAUCCAACACCCGUACAUCCCGGCUCCGGUAAAAUUACUUGUUCGGCCUGGCUAUCCUCCUCUACUACAACCGCCGCCGCCUGAUAUUCGUAUUUGGAUGACACGUUUGCAUAUUUGGUUAGCUGACUACUCUUAGUAUUUCUUUUGAGUAACCUCAUAUUACUUGUCGUCGCUCAGAUAGAUACAUUCAUAUGGAUGAAUGGAAUAAUACUUAGAACUUUUUCUUGAACAAAGUAAUACUUAGAACUGACUCAUUAUUAUUUUUCUUACUACCAUAUCCAGUAGGAGUAUAUUGGGAGGAGAAUCGAACCGAAUCAAUUACUGCAGUUGCAUGCGUUGUAAUCAUCUCUAUUCCCUUAGUGUACAUCUAACUUCAAAAUUUGUCCAUAAAAGAGUGUACAUAUAUCUUCUCAAUGCACUUUAUAGUAGGAAAAAAAACUCCUCUCUCAUCACACGGUAAUCAAGACCAAUAGCAAUUUACACAUGCUCUUCUUAAUUUCUACAUGCACUUAGCUCAUUGGGGGUUGGGUAAUUAAAGAGAAGAGAGAUGGUGUCUUGCACCUUUCCAGUGCAUUUUUUACUCAACUUCAUAAUUUGUCCUAAAAUUUCUAGAUGUACACUCUUCACCGGACGGAGGGAGUAUGUGUUUUUGUAAACUUCCAUUGCCAAUACGCACAAUAAAUACAUGAGAUGCCAGCCGGCCCCUGAGCUGCGCGAUUCAUCCCUGUUCGAUUCAAUCUACGCCGGCAACAUGGCCAAGCCCAAAGCAAAGCGGCUCAAAUCGUUCCCCAACGACGCCGCAGCGGCCGACGGCGUGGCCGCGAGCGCCAUCGCUUCCUCGUACAACGACCACAUACGCCCGCUCCUGGACGCCGUGGACCGGCUGCGCCAUCUCAAUGUCUCGCAGGAGGGCAUCCAGCUGCCCACCAUCGUCGUCGUCGGCGACCAGUCCAGCGGCAGGUCCAGCGUGCUCGAGUCGCUGGCCGGCAUCAGCCUCCCGCGCGGCCAGGGCAUCUGCACCCGCGCGCCGCUCGUCAUGCGCCUCAAGGACGACCCUUCCGGCGGCGACGCCCCCGUGCUGCAGCUCGAGUACGGCGCCGGCCGCGUCGUCAGCACCUCGGAGGCCGAGGUCGCCGACGCCAUCGACGCGGCCACCGCCGAGAUCGCCGGCUCUGGCAAGGGCAUCUCCGACAGGCCCAUCACCCUCGUCGUGCGGAAGCGCGGCCUCCCGGACCUCACCCUCGUCGACCUCCCCGGCAUCACGCGCGUGCCCGUAAAGGGCCAGCCCGACGACAUCUACGAGCAGGUCGCCGGGAUCAUCAAGGAGUACAUCGCGCCCAAGGAGACCAUCAUCCUCAACGUGCUCUCCGCCACGGUCGACUUCCCGACCUGCGAGUCCAUCCGGAUGUCGCAGCAGGUGGACCGUCACGGCGACCGCACGCUCGCCGUCGUCACCAAGUCCGACAAGGCCCCCGAGGGGCUGCUAGACAAGGUCACCAUGGACGACGUCAACAUCGGCCUCGGCUACGUCUGCGUCCGCAACCGCGUCGGCGACGAGACGCACGACCAGGCGCGCGGCGAGGAGGAGCGGCUGUUCGACCAUCACCCGCUCCUGUCCAGAAUCGACAAGUCCAUGGUGGGCAUCCCCGUGCUCGCGCAGCGGCUGAUGCAGAUCCAGGCCACCAUCAUCGCCAAGUGCCUCCCCGACAUCGUCAAGCAGAUCACCGACCGGCUCAGCCGCAGCACCGCCGAGCUAGAGCAGAUGCCACCGGAUCUCAACAACGUGGCCGACGCGGUGCGAGCCUUUUUCCACAUUGUCAAGCGGACGUGCUCGUCGCUGGAGAAGAUGCUCGUGAGGGGCGAGUUCGACGAGUACCCCGACGACCGCCACUUCCACGGAACCGCGCGUAUCGCCGAGAUGCUGAACGCGUACGCCAAGAAACUGCCGGCAGAGUGCCCCCAGCAGAGCAGCGACCUGUUCCUGAUGGAGGAGGUGCGCAUCCUGGAGGAGACCACGGCCAUCAAGCUCCCCGACUUCCUCCCAAGGUCGGCGUUCCUCGUCCUGCUCAAGAAGAAGGUCCAGACCGUCGUGCAGGUGCCGCACGACCUCGCCCGCGAGGUCUGGGUGCUGGAGGUGCUGCUGCAGCACUCGAACGACUUCCCGCAGGUGCAGCCGUCGUGGCGCCGCGCGGUCCAGAGCAUGAUGGACAAGGCACGAGCGCAGUCGGCGCGGCACGUCACGGAGCUGAUCGACAUGGAGCUGGUGGCCGACUACACCUAUAAUCCCGACUACAGCAAGACAUGGUCCGAGCUCAUGGAAGGGUACGGCAAGUUCAUGGAGGCCGUGAAAGACCGCACCAAACCCACGGCCGUCACCCUGAAGGGCUUCGGGAAGGUGGAGGUGGCGCACCUGAGGAACCACGACGACCUGGCCGGGCAGGCGUUCGACAUGCGGGCUCGCCUCGCCUCGUACUGGAGGAGCAUCGUGCUCCGGCUCGUCGAUGGGCUGGCGCUGCACGUACCGCGCGCCGUGAAGCGGCUCGCAGAGAACGACCUCGAGGUGGCGCUCUCCGACGAGCUCCUAGGGAACAAGAUGGCCGGAGUGGAGCGGAUGCUCGCGCCCUCGCCCGGCACCGGCAGCAAGCGCCAGCGCCUCAAGAAGAGCAUCGUAUUGCUUCAGCAGUCCAAGGAGGCCGUGGCUGACAUCAUGGACAGGAUUAGCGCGGCAGGGGAAGUGUAGGCCACAUGCAUCUCAUCGAUGAGAAUGUGCACGUUCCUUAUUUUGUUAGACUUUAGCGAAAUGGACUUGCCUGCGUGUGAUGUUUGUGCUGCACAUUGUGCGCAGCGAGGGAUAGUCUUUUCCUUUUUUUUUUUUGCGAAAUGGGAUAGUCCUUUCAUGCUUACAAUUAUGCCUUAUAUAAAGAUAUGAUACGCCUAGGUGUACUCUCGUAAAAAAAAGACUAGAGAAAAAAUUGAACUUUGUUGAGGGCAUAUAUUCUAAGUCAAUUGAAAAAUCUUUGUUAGAGGCGUAUAUUUGGGUCUGUUUAGGGCACACCUAGAUAUUCAGAUUACCCACCAUUAACCCCAAAACAAAUUGAACAAAAUUGAGCAAUCUUCUAGCCGUGGCUCCAAUUGGUGUGAAAAUUGUAUGUAAAAGAACUUUUCUUUUCAGUCAUAAAUAACUUAAGCGAACAAGACUGGGCAUAUUUUUUUUGAUAGACAAAUAUAGAACUUCAAGUAUUUUGGAACGGAUGUAGUAGGUGCCUCUCCCCGACGCGUACGAUUGAUAUAUUAUACACAUUUUUUAAAAGAUAAUAUGAGUCUCAUUCAUUAA